CAGAUGUCACUUGGCCGGGAAAGAAGGUUGUCAAAGCUCGAAAUGACUCACUAGCUAUGAUAGAAAACCGGGUUUCUAUUUCUACAGAAGGAAUAUCGCGUCGGGUAGUAUUUACGGUUUCAGUGAAGUUUGUGCGCACGCUACCUGCUAUUACCGCGAGAAUCUUAUCUCACGAUGAAGUUACCACAUGCGGUGUGUCAAUCGAGGAUUCAAUACCUCUUGCUGUGCCUUUCAGCCUGUUACUUGGCUUGUCAUGCUGGAUGCCCGAGUCUUCCAAGUCCUGACCACGGAAGUGUGCACCACUAUGCGCAACACAACAUAGCUUCAUUUACGUGCGAACAUGGAUACGUUUUAAAAGGCAAUAUGACUUCCAUCUGUCUCUUCAACAAAUGGUCCACUGACGUGCCUCAGUGUGUGCUGGAGAGAGAAGAACCAUCUGAUGAAAGACUCCUAUCCUGGUCUGGGACUCGAUAUGGUUCUAGCCCUGAAGCAGUAAUAAGAAAGCCUCGAACAAGAACAGGGCGCGUCAGUGGACGUUAUCACCAUUACGCCACAUCUACUGCACCACCUCCCGUCCCGUCUCUUCUUCCUAUCGUACCAGCGAAGAUCCCUUCCCUGCGUGGUCCUAAGAUUAGCAUCGACUGCGAGGUUCCCGUUUCUUUGCCCAAUGGCUUUGUUUACCUAAACAGACAGGACAAAUCUGUCGUGGACUAUAGGUGCUCCCGAAACUUCCACCUGAAAGGAAGCUCGACGGCUAGAUGUUCUGAUGGGGGAUGGAGCUCUCCUCCUCCACUUUGCCAGCCAGUGGACGCCAAAUAUGUGCCUCCAGCUGCAACCGCACCCAGAGAAAAUCCCUGUGCAUUCGAUUAUGAUGGUUGCGACCAUAUAUGUCUCUUCAACGGCGAGAAAGCGUUCUGCCUGUGUCGUUACGGCUAUACGAGGGUGGGAAAGAAGUGCCUUGCUCCGCACCGUCCCUAUCCAUGUUCAACAGAUAACGGUGGAUGUUCUCACGGUUGCAUCAACGAUGGUGGACUCGCCAAGUGUUUCUGCAGGCGAGGAUUCACCUUAGGCCAAGACCUAAAGACAUGCAUAGAUAUCGACGAGUGCAGCACGUUAGCUCAUCGGUGUCAUAAUUGUGUCAACAUACCAGGAAGCUACAGGUGCUACUGCAACAAUGGUUAUAAGCCUACACCGGAUAAGUUAUCUUGCGAAGACAUUGACGAAUGCCAAAUAAACGAUGGAAGAUGCCAUCACCUCCUUUGCAUUAACACAGAAGGAUCGUAUGCAUGUGGCUGCCCCCACGGAUACCAACUUGGUCCGGAUAAGAGGUCCUGUUCUGAUGUGAAUGAAUGCUCCAGACCCGGAAUUACAGAGAUCUGCCCUAUGGGAUGCGUGAACAGCCCUGGCAGCUUUCAGUGCCUUUCAUAUACAUCUACAGAGGGAUCAGUGAAAGAGGAGAGUGACGAUGACCUGAGCUCAUCUGGUGACGGUCCAACACCAUGGAGCCCAGAGGAUUGUGGGAAGGGCUACCUGCGGAGUGGCAAUGGAAGUUGUGAAGAUGUUGACGAAUGUAAAGUCCCACCAAGCGGGAACAAACCUUGUGAAGAUACUUGUGUAAAUGAACCAGGGUCUUUCCGAUGUGAAUGCAGACCCGGUCGUAGAAAGAUCGGCAACGGCCGGUGUCAAGAUUGCCCUCGGAAUACUUAUCUUGUACGCAAUCGCAACACGUGUCAAGGAUGCCCACGACAUUCGCACACCCUAGGAACCAGAAAGACUUCCUUCGCAGAUUGUCGUUGCGACAAUGGGUUUACGGGCAUGCAUGGUGUUCGACCGCCAUGUCAAGAUAUCGACGAGUGUACCACCAACAAACUUCAGUGUUCUCAUCGUUGCGUGAAUACCCCAGGAAGCGCUUACUGCGCGUGUCCUACGGGUUUCUACUUGGGUAAGGACGGAAGGACAUGUGCUGAUGUGAAUGAGUGCGCACAAAGGCAGAGCAUCUGUGACCAAGAAUGCACGAAUACAAUAGGGAGUUACGUCUGCCGGUGUAAGAGUGGCUACGAGCUUUCCUCUAUAGAUAAGCGGACCUGCAGUGACAUAGACGAAUGCGCCACGAACAAUGGUGGAUGCGAAGAAAGCUGCGUCAAUAUUCCUGGAAGAUACUAUUGCACCUGCUCUAGGGGAUGGAAGGUUGCACCCGAUCUCCAUAGCUGUAUCGAUGUGGAUGAGUGCGCGCAAAAGCCGCACAUCUGUGACCAGGAAUGCACGAAUACAAUAGGAAGUUACGCCUGCGGGUGUAAGAGAGGCUACGCACUUUCGCCUCUAGACAAACGGAGCUGCAGAGACAUCGACGAAUGCGCCACGGAAAAUGGUGGAUGCGAAGGAAGCUGCGUCAAUAUUCCUGGAAGUUACUAUUGCACCUGCCCUAGGGGAUGGAAGGUUGCAGCUGAUCUCCGUAGCUGUGUCGAUGUGGAUGAGUGUGCAGAGAGUCUGCAUGCUUGCGACCAGGAAUGCAUGAAUACCAUUGGAAGUUACACUUGCCAGUGUAAGAGUGGCUACGAACUUUCAUCUACGGAUGGACGAACCUGCAACGACAUAAACGAAUGUGCCGCAAACAACGGCGGUUGUAAAGGAAGUUGCGUCAACUUUCCCGGUGGCCACUACUGCACCUGCACUACAGGGUUCAAGAUUGCAGCAGACCUUCGUGGCUGCGUCGAGAUAACUUGUCCAGCAUUUCUUGAAGUUCCGAACAGUAAGACAAGGUGCAAACCAAACGUGCGUGAAGGGAAGUUUGCCAAGGCAGGAACUGUCUGCAAUAUCACGUGCAAGUUUGGAUACGAAUUAGAAGGCGGAAAGACAAUUCGGUGUCUCGAAAGUGGCACAUGGAGCUCCGCCCCGCCAACCUGUGCAGCAAAUAGCUGUCCAGCGUUGUUCAACCCUGACAACGGUAGAGUGCUGCCAGAACGGUGCCUGAGCGACACGGAUAACCUCGUACUAUCCCAGUGCACAUACACCUGCAAGGAAGGAUUUACCUUAAACGGGAACAUGGUGAAUACUUGUAGGAGGAACGGAACCUGGAAGUAUCCACCAGCAACCUGCGAAAAACGAAACGUCGCCCUGUCUAUAACAUGUCCGUUAGACGUCACCGUAGUGCUACCACGUGGUAACGACAGUGUCACUGUCGACCUGCCGAGAGCCCGGUCAACUACUGCCAAUGCUGAAGACAUCGAAGUACAUCCGAAAUAUAUCCAAGAUUACAGUGCAGAAUUUCCACAUGGAGUCACCAUAGUGACAUACGUUGCAAACGAUCCUCGAAGUGGAAUGACAAGCAACUGCAGUUUUGCAGUCGAAGUGAUCGACAAAGAACCGCCGACCAUUGUGAGAUGUCCUGGUAGCGUACAUGCCUAUGCAACGAAGCUGGAAGGAGCGCUUGUUAAGUGGGAUGAACCUGAAUUUGAGGAUAAUGUUUUCGUAGACAGCGUCAAGCCUUCUCAGGAACCAGGCACUCUGUUCAGCGUAGGGGAGCACUUUGUGCGAUACGUGGCAUCGGACUUUGAUGGAAAUCAAGCUACGUGUGAGUUUAAAGUGAUCGUGCAAGGUAAAGAAUGCACCCGGCCUCGCAAAAUGAAGCAUGGCGACCUCGAAUGCUACGACUGGCUUCAUGGCGUCAUUUGCGAGCCCUUCUGCGACGAAGGUUACAUAUUGCCAAGUAACGUGCCUUCGUCUUACACAUGUGACCUCUCCGGCACUUGGGAACCCAGGAGCUGGAUUCCGGAAUGCUCGGAAAUUAAGGACACGCCAACGGGGAAGUGCAUGCCGGGAUCGGAGUACUUCGAUGAAGUCGACGUCUGCGUGGAAUGUCCGCCCGGAAUGUUCUGGGACGCGGACACCGCCACGUGCCUUCUCUGCGAGAGCGGAUUCUACCAGGACCAACCUGGACAUCCCAGUUGCAAAGAAUGUCCAUCGGCAAAACCUACAACCGUAUCACAAGAGAUGGAGAAGCAGUGCUUCGCUUAGACUGCCUGUGGUGAUCAGCUAAUUAAGAACGCUCAUUGUGUUCAUAAAUACCUCGUGUUUCCACUUCGAAUUUUCUUUGUUGUGUGUCGUUAAAUUCCUGCAUUCAUACUGUAGACCUCCCUGCGACACCUCCGACCUGUCGUUCGCAUUCCCUCGAUAGACCUCGCAUUCACUAUAGUUCAUCCUUUCAUAUUAUCCUCUGUGAAGUAGGGUAGGGUUCUGUGGCUGCCACGGGGAAAUAUCCCAUGUCAUCAUCACUUCUCCUUCAUUUGUUGUUGCCUCUGUGGCACAAAGUCAGGGCCUUUUCCUGAAGUUGUGCCACGAAUUUCUGAGCGUUUAAAACCACACGCAAAAGUGCCCCCUUUCCCGAAACUUUAUCAGGAGCUUUGUCGAGCUGAAAAGAAUAUCGAACAGUAUUUGUGAUCGGUCAGGGUAAGCGUGACGCGUUCCUCCAAGAGCUCAGCACAGACCGGUCAACUGUAUUUUCUCUAAAAACAUUGAAUCUCCAGAGGUAUCCAUGAUUUGAGAAACAGCCUGGUGUCAGUUCAGAAAGGUUGACAGCGAGAGGGGCAUAGGAAAAAGCGGCCGCUCGAAUUGUUACAAGACUUACCCAUGGAACAAACACGCGCGGUGAGUGCGGGAAUCAGAGCUAUCUUAUCAAAAAUGAGGUCACCCGACGGCUUGUAUCCCUCUCCCCCCUCGUGUGGCGUGUCAAUGUAACCUCCUUUAUUUGCAGCUUUGCGCUCAAACUACGAGCCGUCAAAAAUGAGGCGGAGCCAAGGGCUCAUUUCCACGGAUUUUCGGCGAAUUUAUUUCGGCAAUUCCCAUUGCAUCACGAGCGGGAUUAUGUGCUAUACUGAGUAAAAUGACCAUGGGCAACCCAUUUCCGCUAAGAAAACGUGAGGUUGCCUUGGGAAAUUUCGGAGUUCAAUUCAAGAAAUUAACUUUCCGUCAAUAGAAAUGAAAUAAAAAUGUUACCAAUA